AUGAAUGAUAUUGCUAACAAUCUUGGCAAUCUGACCAAUGCAUUCAUGGGGAGUAUGGCACCAGCAGCAUCGGUCAAUGUUCCACCACCUCCAAAUGGCUUUGAUGUGAAUGUUGCAAGUCUAUCUACAUUGCAGGAACGUUUCAGCACCUUCAGUAAUGAUCCUCGCAUUGCUCAACAUCCCAGCACCAUCAACGUUCUCCAUGGUAUGACAAAUGCCUAUUCCGGAUUGGUCAACCAGUUUGUUGACAUGAACCAGCUGCAUCAAUACAUUCCCAUGAAUCCUAACAAUGGACAUGGCAUUGGCAAUUUGAGCGAGGACAAUGAAAGUGAUGGAGAUGACAGCAAUGGUGUCCGUGUCUAUGGCAGCGACCAUGAUGGUGAUGGUGAUCAUGAUGGAGACAGUGACAGCGACCUCUAG